AUGACCCUCAAGGGAAACAAGAAGAAAGUUGGGCCUGCUGCUGAAGCAUCCUCAAGACCAUUAGAAUCCAAAACAGGAGACCCAAAGUUAUUGAAGCCUAAACGUAAAAUUGUGAAAAAAUCUUCAGAUCAGAACUCUUCAAGCCCAAAGACAUUGAAGCCUAAACGUAAAAUUGUGAAAAAAUCUUCAGAUCAGAACUCUUCAAGGACAAAAGGUUCUACUGCUGCACAGAUACAGGGGAAACCAAAUCAUGAGAACACACAGAAGAGUAUAAAAGAAAAGAAUGUUAUCAAUCAAACGAAAGAUGACAAGAAGAAAAAUCCACAGGAAAUGAACGACACACAGAAGAGUAUAAAAGAAAAGAAUGUUAUCAAUCAAACGAAAGAUGACAACAAGAAAAAUCCACAGGAAAUGAACAAAGGGAAGAGUAUCAUCAAUGAAAAUAGCCUUGGGGAUCGUAAGGACAAGGAAGAGCUGGGUGGGUUGAUUUUCAUGUGCAAUGGAAAGACCAAACCAGAUUGUUUCCAGUAUGGGAUCAUGGGAGUCUCAUUGGGCCAGAAAGAGCUUGUUAUGGGAAUAAAACCUGGUCUAAAGCUCUUCCUCUAUGAUUUUGAUCUCAAGCUUAUGUAUGGGAUCUACAAGGCAUCUUCUGCUGGUGGUAUGAAGCUGGAGCCUGCUGCUUUUGGUGGGGCCUUCCCUGUUCAGGUCCGGUUCAAGGUUCACAAGGAUUGUUUCCCACUACCUGAGAGUGUUUUUAAGGGAGCAAUCAAGGAUAAUUAUGAUGAAAAGACGAACAAGUUCAAGACUCAGCUUACUGUCCUGCAAGUGCAGAAACUUAACAGUCUGUUUCAGACUUCACCUCAUGUCCAGGCAACUGCACAUUGUAUUCAGCCUCCUCUACAGCCACAACUUCGAGCCCCACCAAUGCCAACUUUACCAGCAGGGAAAGUUUCUGAGGGUAGAAGUGAACCUAAGCACCAUGCAAGCAGGGAAACAUUCUCUACUGAUCGUUACUUCCUUGAUGGCAGCAAGAGGUACUUAUUGCCAUCUAAUAAUGAAAGUGAGCAGCUUUCUAGAGAACCUGUUUUGACCCACAGGGAGGUAGCUACUAAUCCACGGUUUAUGACGGAGAAAGAAUAUCGAACUUAUGGUCUUUCAAGAGAAUGGCAUACCUUGAGCCCGACUGCUUCUAUGAAUCGUAAUGUUCCAAAAGUAGACCUGUACCAGAAGGAUCAUGAAAGGGAGAAGCUUCCGAGGCAUGUGGAUCCUCAGCAUAGAGAAACAGCCUCUAGAGAAGCAGGCCAAGUUCAUCGUGAUCCCCUUUUUCUGAGUGAGAAAGAUUAUCGAGCUUAUGGUCUUGGGCAAAAAUUACCUUCAUUUAUCCCUCAUGCUGCUGUAGCCUAUAAUGCUUCCAGAGUCGACACCUAUGCAAAAGAUCCAUAUUAUCCUCAUCAUUAUGGUUCUACAUCCUCAGAUGCAUAUCCUUUGGUUCCUAGGGGAGAGGCAAGGAGAGACACUUUUCCCACUAAAUCUGAUUAUCAAGAAAGGGGCUCUACUGAUUUCUCAAGAAGUCUUGCUGAUGAUGUGGGAGGAUCAUAUUCACGAUAUGCCUUUAAUGGUUUGUCGGAUUAUAAUGAGAAACAUCACCAUCUGGGGGGCAGAGACCUUGCAUCUGCAUCAGUCUCAUCUCGAUACUCCUUUGAUGGUCCAUCACUGACUUACCGCUGACCCAAGUUCGCAUUCGUAUGAACUUCAUUUGGCACAUCUCCAAUUCGUCUUGUUUUGGAGAUGAUGUCAUGUUUCUGGGUCAAAAUUUAUAGAGAAUUUGCAUACAAGUGAACAACUGUGUUACCUGUUAAUCUGAUUGAGCAGUGUUUCAGCUAAUCCAGUUCAUGUAUCAGAUAUAUCCUCAUUGCUUUCCCUCCCCAACCCCCCAACCCCCGCCC